AUCAUGACAAUUAUCAAUAUUCCACAUCUUAUAAAUGCCCAUAAUAAUUCUCAAACAAAUCACAAACCCUUAAUUAAUUAAUUUCCAUCAUUUCUCUCUCCAAAUCUAACGGCUGCAAAUCCUCCACGAUCCUCAUGUUUAUACCUUUGAUUAUAGCACAAGUGUGUAUGGCUAUAUUACCUCCACGUUUGGUCUCCUCCAUCGUUCAUCAUCAACAACACCAUCUCACGGCUCCUCUCACUCUCUCUCCUCCAUUUUUAUUAUUUUUUUUAACUUGUAAAAAACUAUAGAAAAAAAAUUAAGUACCUUCUUCAACAAAAAUCCCGCCUUUUCUCUCUCAAAAAAAAAAAAUAGAGGAAGAACAUAGUUUUUUUUAUAGAUUUUUUUUUUUGAAUUUUGUGGGUUUUUUUAACGGUAAGAAAAAAUGCAAGAACAAGCUACAACAAGUGCAACUUCAGCUGCUGCUACUUCUUUGCCUUCUAGUAGUGAGAGAUCUUCUGGUUCUGCUCUUCAACUUGAAGUUAAAGAAGGAAUGGAGAGUGAUGAUGAAAUCCGAAGAGUACCGGAGAUGGGAGGUGAACCGGGUGGAACUUCGGCUUCCGGACGAGAUGCCGGUUCAGCAGCCGGUCCGGACCGGGUUCAAGCAUCAGGCCAGAGCCAAAGGAAGAGGGGUAGAAGCCCAGCUGACAAAGAAAGCAAACGUUUAAAGAGGUUGUUGAGGAAUAGAGUUUCAGCGCAACAAGCAAGAGAGAGAAAGAAGGCAUAUUUGAGUGAUUUGGAGACAAGAGUGAAAGACUUGGAGAAGAGAAAUUCAGAGUUGGAUGAAAGACUGUCUACUUUGCAGAAUGAGAAUCAGAUGCUUAGACAUAUACUGAAGAACACAACUGCAGGUCGUCGUGGAGGUGGUACUAAUGCAGAUGCAUCCUUAUGACAUCUCGAAACUAAUGCGACCUCACCCUUAGGUUGGCACUCGGAUUUUAAAUAGGAUUUUGGUACCAAAAAAGAAAAAAAAAAUUGUUAGGCUAUGUUUGGCACACACAGAAAAACUAGCUUGUAGGAAUAGUUUCUUGUGGGCACUGAUAUAAAGUUUUAUCAUGAGGAGCUUUAGCAAAGCGUAUGGAAUACAAAUAGUGAGAUCAUGUAAAUAGCCACUCUUGGAAAUUAGAAAGCUUAUCUUUUGUGGUA